AUGAGCCGUGUCGGUCGCUUCGAUCGUGAUCGCCCCGAUCGCUACGACUAUGACGACGACAUUGUUUCUAUGAGGAGUGGUGGCGGCCGUGGCCGUGACCUUCCCGACAACUACAGCCACCGCUACGAAACUCGACCCAGGGCCUACGACGACGACAUGGUUCGUGACCGGAGGUAUUAUGACGAUGAGCCUCGCUUCCCGCGCCGGGAGCUCGCUCCAGAGUAUGAACGUCGCGGCCCUCCUGUUCUCGAGAGGGAGCGCGAGUACUUCCGGGAUCCUUUCCCUCCUCGCCCGACCAUGGUCCGUCGCCAGUCGUCACUCGACACGUACGACCGCCGUCCGCUGCACAAGUUGUACGAAAAAGAGGAGUACCCCCCACCAGCCCGUCGCGAGGACAUCCAUCGGGAAGAUUUCCGUGCCCCCGCAUACGCCGACAUCCCCCUUCCCAAGACCAGGCAGCGCAGGGAACUAGAGGCCCCCCCCCCUCGCAAGCACGAGGACCACUACUACGAUGACAUCAGGGUCGCCGAACCUGAUCACUACGGAGAUGACCGCUACCUCUCGUACCCGGAUCGCAUCCGGGAACGCAAGUACGUCAGGCGCGAUGACCGCAGCUCGCCCUCCCGGUCUCAUCGAUCUCACUCGACGCAUGCACGGUCCAAGAAGUCGAGGUCGACGACAUCCGAGUCUACAACCACCGGCACUACACGUUCGUCCUCGGCAUCGAGCAGCAGCAGCAGCAGCGGCGGAACCGCCAUCCAGGGCACGUACCCGAAGCCGGGAAAGACGAGGAUCCCUGCCCGUCUCGUCUCCAAACGUGCCAUCAUCGAUAUUGGCUACCCGUUCACGGAAGAGGGUACCACCAUCAUUAUUCAGAAGGCACUGGGUCAGGAGAAUAUCGAUGCAUUGCUCAAACUGAGCGAGGAUUACAAGAAGAGCGAACAAGAAGUUGCCGCAGCACGCUCGUCCGCCGGCGACUUGGACGAGCGCAGGGAGGAAAUCUUUGUGCCCCCACCCCCCGCGCCUGCCCUCCCCCCGCCUGCUCCGGCGCCUGCUCUAGCGCCCGCUCCGGCGCCCGCUCCGGCGCCUACUCAAGUCAUUCAGUAUCCACCGCCCGCUCCUCCUCCCGCACCGGUAGUCAUCGAAGCUGGCCCGAGGAGGAACGUGUCUCCAUCGCGUACUUCCACUACCGGCACAAGCUGGGACGCGUAUAGCUACGGUCACCACCACCACCACCACCACCCAGAGGCGUCAGCACCCGUCCCGAUUGGCCCGCUAGCACUCGCCGAGAGGUCGAGGUCGCGGUCUCGGUCCCGCGAGAUACGGCAUGAAAUACACUCACUGGAGCGUGAGCUGGCCCACCGAACCAGGUACGAGCCCGUCAGGAGCGAGCGCGAGCUGGUCAAGGCCGAGAGGCUGCCAAACGGCGAGCUGGUCCUGUACGAGCAGGAGGUUUCCAGAGAGCAUGUUCCCAAGCCGGCUCGCAUCGAAAAGGACAAGAAGGGUCGGUUAAGCCUCAGUCUUCCCCGCCGUUAG